AUGGCGAACUCGAACGUUCUCGCUUCACAACGAACUACAGUUGCGGAUAUGUGGGUGAGAGAUGAAGACGACUGGUCGGGCAUAUCGGACACAAAGAGAAGGAGAAAAAUUCAAAACCGUCGCAAUCAGCGCAUGCACAGAUCAAGAAAGCGGACUGAGGUAGAAUGUGGCGCCGUUGCCAUCUCAAAACGUGAACAGCCUGUACCGAUUCAGACGACUUCAACUUUGCCUCUUAUCACACCACCGCAAAGUCCCGCAGACUCGGAGAUUGAAGCAAUAACGGAAGCUCUCAAAUGUGUCAAUAUACUCAACCCUAAAUCAGAGUAUAACCGAAAAGUUCUACAGGACUUUGAGGCUCUUGCGUAUCAAUACUGGCAAGCCCGCAUGCCACUAACAACGCUUUUGCCGAGCUUGUCGCGAUUCAAUUUCACCAGGGCUUUGUUGGCGAAUAUAGAGGUCCUAGGUAUCUCGUCUGAACAGAUGAGUGACGAGGCUACGUCUCCCUUCAACUUGCCUGGUUUUCAUGAAGCCGAGGAAUCGAAAUCGCUUGUAGCACGACUGCCAGCCGGAUUACGACCGACUGAUCUUCAGUGUGCAUCAUUACACCAUCCCUGGAUCGAUUUGCUUCCUGUUCCUGAGAUGCGAAACAACAUAUUCCGUCGAGGAUUCGAUGCCUUUGAUGAGGAGGAACUCUGCCAUGCUCUACGCGACCUGGGAAUACUUGUUUGGAGCGAUCCUUGGGACCCGAGUGGUUGGGAAGUGACGGAAACAUUUGUAAAGUCGUGGAGCUGGGUGCUCGUUGGUUGCUUGGAUCUCUUUCGUUCCACUAAUAAGUGGCGUGCACGCCGAGGCGAGAAGCCACUUUUUCGUCUACCUUCAUGA